AUGGGUGCCCUCCUCACCCUCCCAAUCACCCUCCUAAACCUCCUGCUUCCCUUCACAAAACCCGGGACCCCCAUUCUACAAGAUCUCAUCCACACCACCGUCCUCUGCGGAACCCUCUACUAUGCGCCCCAAAUCGCAGAAUGGUACAACACACGACAAGCCCCGCCCACAAACGAAGGACCGCAGGAUGCGCGAGGCAUAGAGGAAAUAAACCACGAUGAGCCACCCUUAGACGAGCAUCCCGACGCGGACAUGGUAGAAAACGGAGCAGGAGACGCCGGGGGAGGAAUAGACGCGCACGAGCGCCGACCCCCCGCACCACACGUUGAAGACUUCGCCGAGCCCCUCCCGAACCAGCUCUUCAAUGGCAACAACAACGACAACGACGAUGAAAACGACGACGACGCCCUCCCCGGCCCCGCAGACCAACGCCCCCGCCCCACACCAGCCAACCGUCCCAUCGGCGCCAAAAAAGCAAAGUCCCUCGCCCGCAAAGACCAGCGACGCGCUUACCACGAGUUCCACAGACAAGAGGCCGAGCUACGCCGCCUGCAAGACGCCGAAGGCGCUAUGGAGCGCGACUUGGCGCUCUCUGCGGAAAAGACACGGCGCGCUAGAAUCGAAGCCGAGAUCGCGGAGCGCGAGCGCACGGAGCGGGAGCGGCGGAAGGAAGACGAGCGGCGCGAGGUGGAGGAGGAGAGUGCGCGGCGGGAGCGCGUUGUGCGGCUUGUGAGGGAGCGUGUGGGGGAGGGGGGAUGCGUGGAUCUUGUUGAUGUGGCGUGGGGGGAGGGCAAGGAUCGCGUGUGGGUUGAGAGACUUGUUAGGGCUAGUGGGCUGUUGGGGCAGUUGUCGAGGGAUGGGGGACAUGCGUUGAUCACGGGGGAAGGAUGGUUGGUUCGGUUGGAUGGCGAGGUUAUGAGGCGCGCGUAUGCUGAUGCGGAGGCUUUUGGCAAGGGGAAUGAAGGGAGGGUUGGUUUGGCUGAGUUCGGGGGCGUGUUGGAGAGAGCUAUUUUGGCGCGGGCAGGGGCUUGA